AUGCUGUCUCAGACUACCUGUGCACCGCUGCUGAUAGCGCUAGCAGUCGUCGUUCUUCCGUCCUCUGGAUUUUCAUUUUCCAAACGUGCGGAGGCAACGAAAAUCACCACUCCUCACACCGGCGAUAGAAUCACGACGGGAAUUGACCUGGAAAUCCGAUGGGAAGGUAACCCUUCGGACAGACCAGUCAGCCUCGAACUCCGAAAGGGUUUGUCCCAUAAUAUCACCACAGUUCACGCGAUUUCAAGUGAGACUCCCAAUAACGGUUCCUAUCGUUGGCGAAGUCGUGAUGACCGUUUUCUUCGCGCUUCAUAUGGCAAAGAAUUGCCAGACGUGCCCAUUAGCGGCUGCGAUUAUGUAAUUGCUCUCCGCGAAGCCCAGACAGUUAUUCAUUCCGACUAUUUUACAAUCGUAAAUCUUAAUGAUGAUGGUUUAAACCCGAAUAUUCCAUGUCCCGGUAAUUCAGGCCCCCCAAAAAACGAAGGGGGAUCUGGCAGUAAAAGUUCGCCAAACCUGGAUACUUCUCCUAAUAAUAACGGAUCCGUCGCUCCGGAAGGCGUCACCACAGGCGCCCUUGCGGGUGCAGUUGGUGGAGCCGCCGGAGGUCUCAUUUUCAUUUUCACUGCCAUCCUCUUUUUUGGUCGACGAGGGAAUUGGUUUAUCAGAGAGGAAUACAUUCAGAAGCUGGUUGAGAUGAGAGUAUUUGAACUGCAGCCUAUAAUGGCUCCUGUUCAGCCUCCUCCAGAACAAUAUAUACAGUCCCCUUUCACUUAUGCAGAGCUUAGUGGGCAUCACACGCAUCAGUUACUUGACGGAACUCCAAAGAUAAAAUAG